GGCGGUCAAGGGCUACAUCCGGCAGUGCGCCAUCAACGUCAACGUGCGCGACCUCGCCAUGAUGGCGGCGACGCUCUGCAAUGCCGGCCUGCACCCCGUGUCGGGCGAGCGCGUCAUCCACCAGGCCCAGCGUGCGGCAGGUGCUCUCCGUCAUGACAACGUGCGGCAUGUACGACGCCGCCGGCGACUGGGUGUCCAACGUCGGCAUCCCCGCCAAGAGCGGCGUCGCCGGCGGCAUCAUCGGCGCGCUGCCGGGCCAGGUCGGCAUCGCCGCCUUCUCGCCCAAGCUCGACGCCCGCGGCAACAGCGUCCGCGGCGUCGUCAUCUGCGAGCAGCUCUCGCGCGACAUGGGCCUGCACAUGAUGGACGUCAGCCAGAUCGCCAUGUCCACCGUCCAGACCUCCGUCGCCACCAUCGUCGCCGGCGUCCACGAGCCCCACAACAGGAACUGCCAGCGCGAGGUCAUCGUCUUCAAGCUGCGCGGCGCCGUGCGCUUUCCCGGCUCCGAACGCCUCACGCGCGCCGUCGCCCGCGAGCUCGGCCGCCCGAACCCCGACGAUCCCGGCUCCGGCCUGCACGGCGAUGCCUGCGCCGUCAUCUUCUCGUUCCGCGAGGUCUACUCCCUCAACCACGUGGCGCGGCGCAUCAUCCACGAGGACAUUAGCCGCCUGAUCCUCGAGGAGAAGAUCGUCGUCGUCAUCGACCCCUCGGGCGUGCUGCAGUGGAACCACGACGAAGCCGAGAACGAUCGGCAUCCGAAGGUCGUCAGGAACGAGACAGAGGCCCGGGACUUCAUCGGAGGCACCGGCUGCAAGGCAGUCUCUACUGAUGAUGGCUGGUGA